AUGUUCGAGGGGCUGGUCAAGAGGCUCCUGGACACAUACCUCGCGCCGUAUGUGGACGGGAUCACGCAAAACCUGCAACUGGCGGUCUGGUCGGGCAACAUCGUCCUCGAGAACCUCACGCUCAAGACCGACAUCACCGAGAAGCUCGCCCUGCCCUUCGAUGUGCACUUCGGCAAGAUCGGACGCCUGAGCCUUACCAUACCAUGGGCCAGCCUCGGGGCGACGCCCGUCAAGGUACUCGUCGACUCGAUAUACGUCUGCAUCGGCGGGAUCGAGCGGAACAAGACGGACGAGGAGCUGCGCAGCUACGUGCGAUUGGCCAAGGAAAAGCUGAUCGGCGUGCUAGAGAAUGAGUACAGCGCGUUCCUCAACAGCCUGAACCAGAGGGGCAAUUCCACGUCAUCGUACCUCAUAAGGCUAUCGCAGAAGGUACUCAACAACAUACAGAUCGACUUCACAAACAUACACCUGCACUGCUCGGACACGCAGCAUGCCUUCGGGUUCAUCAUCGACUCCAUCUCGGUGCGCAAGUUCCGCAAGGAGGACGGCAAGGACGUGCUGAAGGUCGACACCAGCGACACCGUCAAGGAGGAACGGGUGACGCACGUGUGCUCGCUGCUCGGGUUUUCCAUAUACGAACGCGCCACUAAGGACUCGGAUGGCGCGGAGGAGAGUGAUGCCGAAAGUAGCAGACGUGACAGGGCAGUGGAGGGUGCCGCAGGCACAGUGGAUAGCUGCGAAAACGAUGUCGAUGACGAUUACAAACGUUUCGAUACGCCCUUCGAGGCUGAUCCCGCAGGUGGCUCGGCCGACACGGAGUCGCCGAGCGUCGAUGACGUACAGCAGCCAACGGGUGAUGCGCAGGGCAUCGCAAGUCCAAGUCAAACGCAGCGAGCUGAAACCAUGCUGCAGAAGUUCUCGACGGGCAAGCUGGAUUGCAACUUCUUGUUGGACAAGCUUUCCUUCCGUCUGUUCCUAGCGAUCAAUGUGAAGAACAAGUCGAUAUUCGCGUCACUGAGCGUCGGUGCUCAGGACUCCUCGGACGGUGCGGAUUCGUCUGUACCCGACUCGCUGCGCGUGGUGCUGUCAGUGGAGAGCCUUCGAGCGUUCGUGGCCAUGUGGAACGACUUCGUGAGCGAGCAUGAGCGCAGCGAGCGGUUGCUAAUGGAAAAGGCGUACACCGUGGAUCAGACACCCGAGGGCAUGAAGGGGAUUACUAGGACGGAGUAUAUCACGUUAUACGCCAAAAAGCUAAACGCACUACACUCAGGUGGCGAACAGCUCUCCCCCCUGGAGGAAGAGCGGCUGGCCAUUCUCACCGACGUCGUCUCCGCUCGGCACCUGGCUCGCUGGCGUUUCGCGGCUCACAAGCUAACUGCGGGGGCUGCUGCGGCCGAUUCCGCCAACAAGGCUCCAGCAAAGGAGUCCAGCGAACCUGGUCCGACUUCACCGGCGGCCACGACCACCACCUGGUUCGGCUGGCUCAGAGGACUCUCGUCGUCGAGCAAGAAACAAACUACUGCCACGCCUAAUGCGGUUGAAGACACGCCUCCUGGCGCGGAUGCCCAGGGUGCUCAAGCUUCUGAUGAACCGCCGACUGAUGCAGGAGGGGACACGAAUGACGUUAUUGUUGCUGGAGACGUGCCUGCAAUUGCGGAGGGUGGACUGCAGAGGUCGAUUUCCAGUGAUUCUGAAAACCCCCCGGUAUCGGCUAGAGAUACGAUGAACCCGGGAGACGUAAUGCUUUCGGAUGCCCCUAAUGAGCAUCGUGACGGUGCACCAGUUUUCGUGGAUUCGACGUCCACGGAGUUGCCGAGUAGUGCCAUGUACCCGGAGUAUGUCGAAGGCGCCGCUGUCAAGGGCGCCGAUCAAGUGGAGUGCCUUCCAGGCGGGCUUGUGUUGACGGGCGAGGAGGUGGAGCAGCUCAUGGACGCCAUGGCGCUUGGUGAGAUGUUCGAAGAUUCAAUGGCCACCAGCAACUACUACUUCGAGUGCGCGUUGCCUCACUUCGAUUUCGUGGUGGAUGUUGGCGGGCUGACUGGCUCGCCAAACGACUCGCUCUCAGUGUCGACGGGAAACCUACAGCUGCAGGUGUACCUGAAUGCGGCCGUUGACACCAGUGACCGCGACACAUACAACGCGUACCUCUACGUGAAUUUGGACUCGUUCGACGUGCGCUACAAAAACAAGGUUAUCAUGGCGUUCAUCAAGUCGGAGGACGUCUCAUCGACAGAUGAAGAGGCGGACGUUUAUGACGCCCAGUACGAGCCGGCACCAGUCGCAGACAGCUUCGCUAUAGAUUUGCGCGUGGUGCAUAAGGUCACCAACCAGGGCAAUCUCCUGAUGGUGACUGGCGAGCUCAAGCCCAUGGAGACGCACCUCAUACCCGUGGUGAUAUCGGAGUUCAUCGAGAUGCUGGUCUACAUCCAGCCCAAUGCCACAAGACGCACCACAUACACGAUACCCCCGAGUGUUGUCGAUGCCUGCAAAACGCCGGGCGCGGCGCUGGACAACAUCAGCAUGGUGUCCUCCGUCGAUGACGAGAUGUGGGCUGCGGAGCGCAAUGCGGCUCGCAUGGCAGUCGACCACCUGCCUGCGCUCUUCGCAUUUGACAUCAAGUUUGCGGCGCCCAUCCUGAUGUUGUACAACGGCGAAGGCGACCGCAUGAACGUGCGUUUCGGUACGCUCAAUCUGAAGAGCAACGGCCCGUGUCCGUUGUCCAACAUGUCAGGCACCAUCGAGUUGAAGGAAACGCAGGUGAGCUGUCUACGCAAAAACUCCGGCCAGACGCAGUGGUACAACUUCCUGAGACCGCUGCCAGUCAAGAUACACUACGAUUGCGACCUCGUGGCUCAUAACCUUAACGUAGACAUCAUAUUCGAGGAGCUCUUCAUGCAGAGCACGCCAUUGGACACCGCGGUUGUCUCGUGCGUGCUGGCGGAGAUCGCGGCGUGCCUGAUGGGAGCCAGGGCGUCAUUGCGCCGUGACCGCGAGGUGAAGCCGGCGGUUGAGGUUGAGCCGACGAAGAAGACCUUCGACAAAAUACCCUUCAACCUCAAGGCCAUGAUCAUAUUCCGGCACUCCGGUUUCUCCGUCUCGAACACUGACGGAUGCGACGUCUUCAGGUUGGAGGUGCACAAUGUGUCCCUGGAGCUGGAGUUGUCACGGAGCAGCUUCCGUGCUGUGCUGGGGCUGGAGCGGGUCAUGGUGUCGAACCCCGCCAUGGACAUGCCGCUCUUCUUCACCCAUCUCGACACAAUGCCGGUCGGGCGUUCUGCGUGGUUCAACGAGGACGACGACAACGAGUUCGAGGACGCGCUGGAAGAGACGGCGAAGUCGCUGCAGGUUGAAGUAACCAGAAACGAGUCGUGCCAGUACCGCAUUAAUGCCACCAUAACGGAGAUGGAGGGCAAUUGGCAGCACUCCAGCGUCAAAUUGAUCAUCGACACCAUCGAAGACUACAAGCAGCUGUACAUGGCCAAGGUGCUCAAUGAACACGACAAAACGCAGGAGGCCGAUUUGCCAGCUGAAGACGCAGGGUCGAUGACGAUUGGCGUCGCGAGUGGUUCUGAGACCAGCACGCCCAUCCUUAAGGCAGUAGAUGCGAGUGGUGGCAAUGCUGAAAAGGUUGGCUUUGCAACGACGCAACUACUGUCUGAUGAACGGGCCUCCUCUUCGAGUGUGGGCGAAGAAAUGUCAUCAGUGGCUUCGGACACGGAAGCCAUGUACAGGUUCAACUCGGCGCUAAUACGGGGCGAAACUGUAGCAUACCCCACCGAUGGCUAUGUGUGGCGGGAGGUUGAAGACUGCAACAUAGACCUGAAGGAACUUCCGACGCUGCUGUCGGAGGAGGAACGGCACGAGCACAAGGCGUUGAUCACGGUCUCAAUCAAGGGCGCAGCUGUUGUAUUCUGGAAUGCGGACAGUCAGGUGGAAGCUCGCCUGAGUGUUAGUGGCAUCGGGUACAAGCUCUUGAAGUACGGCAACGGGGAGUCCAUAUCGAAUCUGGAGAUCCGCACCGGGAAGCUGACGUACGGCGGCCGGUGUCUUUUGUCAUACACUGACACCAAGACGCUGGAAGAGGGGUCAAAUACGGACGAGCCACCGACCGCUGACAAGCCUCUCAUGACCCUGCGCUGGAAAAUGUAUGACAGCGCCAAACUGGGCGUGCCCUACUCCAUGUGUAUGAGAGGCGCUUUGGAACGUAUCGUGUUCGUCUAUUUCCAGCAGGAUAUUGUGAGGCUUAUGGACUACCUGGAUGACGGUAUAUUGAGUGUCUUCAUCUCGAGGUCGUACCACAAGGUCGUACAGGUUGCCGCAUCGACGCACAUGUUCUACAGUUUCUCAGUGGCGUCGCCGUGCUUUUUGAUUCCGGAGAACAAGGCGAUACUGCCCACUGCGAGCAAGGACCAUGUGGCUCCUGGUUCCACACUACCCAAUAACGUAACACGCUCCAGCGCAGCGCGCAUAUGCGUGCCGAUCGACACCGGCGAUGAGUUCUGUGCCCAAAUGGCAAAACGCUUAAGCGGAAUCGUGGAUACUUGGUACUUCGGCUCAUACCUGCUGUUCGAGUUGGGGCACCUGUACUUUCGCAACGGGUACACCCAGCGCGACGACAUUUCCAGGAAGUCCACCAUAUACCUCAAAAUGCUGGGCACGCGGGCAUCCAUCAUCGAGCAAACGGACGGAUCCACCGAUGUGAUGGGGAAGGUCCUCCAGUCAACGGAUCUUGCCGUCUGCUACAUCGGCGGCGGCAUGCUGGAACUGGGUAUCGAUUCUGACGCGUGGAUACUCAAGUUGACACGGACGCAACUGUCCUUCAUUAUCGACGUGUUCAACGAGAAUAUAUGCGGCUCUUCGUACAAGACGCGCAGCCACGUUAACGUUUCGAGCUCCGCGAAGCCGCCAUUCAGGUGUGGCAUCCGACUGUCGUUGAACCGUUUCGAGUUCGACACCUUGUUUUCGCCGGAGAAGCCCCUUGCCAGCCUGAAAUUCGACGGGAUCACGGUGUGUCUAAACUUUGGGGUGGAUACCGUACGCAUGACCUCGUGCUACCAGUUCGGCCUCUGUGGUAAGACGCUGACGGUUGACGACGAGCGGCCCAAUUCCGUCAACGUACAUCGCCGCUUGAUCAACUGCUUUGUGCAUGACGGCGAUGCGGCGUGUGCGGAUCUGGAUGACGACGCACGUGCCAUGGAGCCAAGUGUGACACGCCUUUUGCACAAUUGGCUGCGCCAGUACAAGAACAGCACGGGGCAUGACUUCUUCAGCAACGCCUCUUCGGCAGACAUUUACGGCAUCAAGGUGGUGGUUGUGAACGAGAAUAACCAGACGGGCGUCGAUUGUAUGGUGGCAAACGCCGACAUCUCACUGUUGUGCAUCCAUGCCAUGGACCUCCUGCGCUACUUCACCUUGUCGUACAGCAGCAGCUCCAUGGCGCUCUGCCCAAAGCAGUCGCACUCCACGCAAACUGUGUCGAACGCCAAGAUAUACACCUUCAAUUUCAAGGCCACAAACGGGAAGUUUAUCGCAUUCACGAGGAUGGACUCCACGAGCUAUCCGCAGCUGGAGCUCAGCACCGAUUUCUUCCUGGAGAUGACCAUGCAGAACGGCUCCUUUAACUUUUUGAAAGUUGAUGUGCUGGGGUGCAAGCUGGAGCGCGUAUACCCAGUCACCGCCAAGCGCCAGGUUUUGUGCAGUUGCCUCGAGGUGUACGGAAGCGGGCAGUACGUGAGCCAGCCGCAGGGGUACAAGAUGUUCUUCAACUUCACGAUACCGCCCUCAAACCUGACGCUGUACACGAAGGACUUGAGUGUCAUCUUGGCGGCCGUCACUGCCGUCUUAACGGAUGGGCCUUCAGCCGCGCCGCCUAGAGAUGAAAGCGACACUGCCGGGGACGGCGCGGGCACGCCGGGGCGGUUCCUGUCGGUUAGUUUCAACAUCAAGGGGAUCAAGGUCACUUUCUUCGACGACAUGCGCAAGUGCCUCAUACCGAUGAUGCGCCUGUCAGUCGCCAGUGAGAACAUCGAGUACAUGAGCCUGCCCAUAGAAAAGCGGUACACGGUGGUGCGGUGCUCAACCCGGCUCGAAUAUUUCAACGCCAUCAUUGGUGAUUGGGAGCCCUGCUUGGAGCGCUGCAACUGCAGCCUCGAAUACACCAACAACAUCGGAACUGAUCGCAACAGGCGCCGGCAAGGCAGGGUUCUGCGCCCGGGCAGUGAGGAUGAGUGGAAGGAUUUCAUCCCCAACAAGGUGUUGAAAAUAUCCAGUGCGCACAACAUCCUCAUCAACAUCACGCCAAGCCUCUGCCAGCUCCUGCUGUGGUUCAUACCCAUGCUGACCAACAACAUCCAGCGUGGUCUGGUGUAUACGGACACGGUUGAGGAGGAAGCCGAUCCGCAGGUGGAGAACAGCGCCUACAGGUACGUUAACUUAACGGGGCAUGACUACUACGUCUUUGCCUUGCAGAGCACCGGUGACUCCACAGGUGGCAUUAAGGGCCUCCGCGUUGUAGAAAAGUCGUGCGUGCCCCAAGAGCUGGAUUCCGUGGUGAGCUUUGUGAGCACGGACAACAGUAGCAGCGCCUGCAUCUACGUGAUCGCCUGCCCGCCACCGGCUCAGGUCACCGAAAUUUGUAACGAACUGGGUAUCGAGAACCGUGAACCAAUCGCUCGUGACUUGAUGGUGACACGCAACGCAGCGAAGACAAGGGCCAAUAUGGUCCAUAGCAAAUCGUACCUGCCGUCGAGUUACGCGGUGCCCUUCGAAAACGGCACUGUGGCGGCCAUGGUGCCACUGGCGCGGAACUGUUGCGUUUCGCUCAAGUGCCCUAUCGAAGACCUGGCAGGUACGUACAACAAGAAUACGCUCAUCUGCGAGGUCAAGAGCCCACAUCCAUCGCACAAGCUCCUCAUGUUCACGUCCACGGUACGGGUAUACAACAGGAGUGGCAUGCCGUUGCUGCUGUGUUUCCUGGACCAAAAAAUGAACGUGAUGUCGGUGUCCAGCCUGAAAACGCGCGGUGCGCCCAUAUCGAUUCUUGACAAAGGUGGCCCUGCCGGCGACGAGUUCGGAGAGACAACCACGGUUCACUUCCCCGAGUCGAACGUAAACUAUUUGCGUUUGCAGCAGGAAGAGGUGGGGUACACGAUGCUGCUGGAGCAUAACCACUUCGGUUCCGUGCCCGAAUGCGUUUUCCAAGGUCCGGCGCAUGCGGUGAUGAGCUUUUUGCCGGCGCCGCUGGCAAUGAACCGCCCCUUCAUGGAGGCGUUUUUCGACCGGGCCAAGCGUCAGGACGCUUCACGCACCGAGGCCUGGAUGAAACUAUCCAACACCAGCGGAUGGUCCAAGCUCAUCGACAGUUCUCGCCAUCUGGGAACGCGGGUACGGCAGUGCUACUGCCCCGGGUUCACCAAGUCGAGCUUCCUGUACUACGUGGUAUCGGUGGUCAAGCGCAAGAGUGCCUUCCCGGCCAAUGUCGAAAUGCGUGACAUCGUCAUCUACCCCGCCUUGAGCGUGAUGAACACGCUGCCAAUGGAGAUUGACGUGUGUUUCGGGGCUAAUGACAGGGUUACUGAGGACAACGCCUCAAGCUCGAAGAAGGCCGGCAACUACAUAGAGGAGUCCCUCACGCUGUUGCGGGAGUCCAUCACCCACAUAUACUCCCUGCCUCCGAAUGAGUCCCUGAGCUUCAUGGCCAAGAUAUGCUACAGCGGAUCGAACGUGUGGUCGGAUCGCGUUACGAAGAUAUACGGCACUUCGGAGACGCACACGAUGUUGAACCUCCCGAUAAAGGGGAUGGCGCCUGUGGAGGUGGAGCUCAUCCGCUACCCUGGCGGCCUCCCGGCGUCGUCAACGUCGUUCCAGGGGCACCUGAGUUUGAUCAUCAAUGCGCCGUGGUGGUUCAUCGAUCGCACGGGGUUGGGAAUAUCGUUCCAGAAGCGGCUCCCGCGCGCUGUCAUGCGUGGCCUGUCCUUCCUCUCGUCUGAGAACCAGGACGACACGCUGCACUUGUGCGUCAACAGAAAGGCGAUAGACAAGGUGGAGAGCAACGUCCGUAUGCCUGCAGUAGGAGGUUAUGCGUAUACCAUCGUGGAGAGCGGAGGGAAGCGUCAUUCGGUGUGUCUGGUGACGGAGAAAAUAAGCAUCAGCGGGCUGUCGAACCAUGUCACAUGCAGGAUAACGUCAGCGAUUCCGAGCUUCGUGUUCAUCAAUAACCUCAAAACACCCAUCUCCAUUCGCAAGGACUCGCGCACACCACAUAUCGUCGUGGAGCCUGGGCAGAAUGUCGCUGUGCCGUGGGUGCUUUCGAAGACGGUGGCCGACCCCGCGAGCGUGGUUUCCAAUGUCGCGCCCAUCGAGUUCAAGACCAGCGAUGAGGCGCAGUGGAGCAGCCCCAUCAUACCCUCUGAGAGCCAUUCCGGUAAAACGUACAUGUGCGUGAAGCAGGAUAAGAGCAACAAGCCGCUGGUGUUCUGUAUUUCCGUUGUGCCAAAGGGUGGCACCAAGUAUUGUUCUAUCGCAUAUCCGCAGUGCAACAACGAAGGUUUCGUUCUCUGCAACCAGUGCCCUUACAUAAAGGCAGCAAUGGUGCGCACUUUCCACCAGGGCGGCGACUCGGGCUCGAAGGGCAACGGCGUGUACUUCACCGCCAAAUAUGGGCAAACGGUGCAUUUCGGGUGGCAGCAGCCGUUCUUGAACAAGACUCGCCUGUGUCAGGUUAUGCUAUGGUUGGACAAGAAUACAGUCGCUCCAAUUAAGCCGUUAGUGAUCAACAUCGGAUCGCCUGCGUUCCGAUACCGCCAGGUUGAGGUGACCACACCGGAAUAUGCCAGCAAUCACGCAGUGCUUGUGUCAGCCGAGAACCGGGGGGACUACAUCGCCAUCGACAUUAAGCCGUCGGGACAGUACCUGGAAGUUGCGCGGACUUUGAACACCCAUCGCUCCGAAAACACCGCCUCAACCAGCAGCCAACCUGAAUCAGGUUCGCUGUCGCGGUCAAGAAAUUCCGAGAACGGUGACAACACUCCAGACCACCGUCAUGCUGGAGAUCCACGUGGUCCUCUGGAUUUGGACACCGAGAUCCUGAAAAACUCAGAGGGUAUUCUGGAGAGCAACGAGUCGGAAUACGAUGUCGGCACGGACACGCGCAGCAUGCAGAUACAGGUGCAACUGUCGCAAAUAGGUUUGAGUUUGGUAUCGCAUAACCUACAUGAGGAGCUGUUCUUCCUCGAAAUGUCCACAGUGUCAUUCGUCUCGCUGUUCAAUGGGGACCACCAGCGCCUGGAGCUCCGCAUUAGCGAUAUUCAGAUCGACAACCAGGCUGAGGAGAAGCACGCGGACGAGGACCAGUGUUCUACAAUCCUGGUCAACCGUCGCAAAACCUCCGGUCAAGAACACCAACGGCACUUCCUGCAGAUUUAUGUAGAUCGGCCCUUCGCAAGUUGCAAAGACCUGUGUCUGAAGAAGGUAUUUAUCGCUCUCGACGACCUGGAGGUGGAUAUUUCGGACGUCCUGCUCACUCGCGUCUACAACUUCUACAAGGAAUGCAUGAAGUGCAUGGGUAACUGGGGCCCGCAAGAGAAAAUUGAUCUGCGGACGAUUGAUUCAUGGGUGCAGAAGGAAUCGCAGGAGAAGCUAUCUUCAUUGGAGAAAAACCCUGUGCCUCCCCGCACAUUGGUGUUGGACUUCUUGUUCAUAGAACGGUUCAACCUGGUUCUGUGGUGCAGCUUUGAUCUGGAGAAGUUGCACAUGCUCGGCGACCUUAUGCGUGUGGGACUGCGGAUUAUAUGUGUUUCGCGUCAUUUCGAGCUCAUGGGUGCGCCUCUGCAAUUCCAGCAGGAGAACUUCUGCAACUCGCGCGGUUCGAUACGUUCGUUCUACGAAGAGAUCAAGGACAAGUAUGUUCACGCCGCGUUGAGCUGCAUAGGGUCGCUGUUGGGGUACAGUUCGCUGCUCAACAUCCCCAAGAUCCCCAUAAAUGUAGGCCGCAACACCCUCGAGUUCGCGGCGGAAGCUGUGGACAGCGUCAGCUCGGGCAUCGGAAGCUUGCUCUCCAAGUUCACCUUCGACAACGAGUAUAUUAACAAGCGGCAGCGCGACCGCAUGAACAAACCGUCGGGGAACAUGCGCGACAGUAUCGUGUCGGCUGGCAAGAGCAUCGGCGAGGGGUUCAUGUCACUGACGAACAUUGUCACCAAGCCUAUUGAGGGGGCCCAGAAGGGCGGCAUGGGUGGGUUCAUCCGCGGCCUCGGAAAGGGCCUGGCUGGCUCAAUAGUGAAGCCAAUCGACAAGGUGGGGCAGGCCGUCUCACACGUGUCGCGCACGAUCAAGGUCAACAUGUCCAGGCAGUUGGAUGGGCAGCGCUGGUCUGCGGAGCCAUGCCGCUGGCCUCGAAUGCUAUGGGGAGAAUACUCGCAGCUUAAGCCUUACAGCCUGAGCGAUGCGGAGAUCAAGCAGCAGCUGGGCCACAAGUUUUCGAAGCACAUCGUUCACUGCGAGACCGUGUCGAAGCACAGCCAUCCCCCAAGCCACAUUGCUCUGCUCUUCUACCCGUCGAAGGUGUAUUAUGUUGACCUGAAGCCGAAGCCUACCAUACUGUGGAAGGCGUCCAUCGCAGACAUUCAGGAGUGCCGGGCGUCGUGCUACGGCGUUAUCAUACGCGUUUCCGACACAACCCUGCAGGUACCCUGCACAAACGCCGGGAUCGUCUACUCGAUAUUCGUCGCGCUGCAGAACGCGAAGCGCCAGUCCAAGUCAUCGAUUGUCAUAGGCCCCGAGCUAUUCGAGUCGUACAAGUGA